AUGCCCACUGUCGGAAACCUCGUUCACCGGGCAAGCAUAUUUGGCAUCUUUGCCUUUGCCCUGAUCGUCUAUCUCACCACCCGCUCGCCGUGGACGCCCUUCACCGAGAACUGCUCCGACUGCUCAUCGCCCGCCAUGGACGACCAGCUCUCCUUCAUCCAGAUCUCCAUCUGUCCCGGCCGUGAAACCGUGGCAAAGGACGAGGAGCUCAAGCUCAAGGUGACCGUCACCAACACCGCCGACUCCCAGGCAACGCUCCUCACCUGGAACACCGUCUUCGACACGCUCGCACCCUCGCUCGGUGUCUUCACGAUCCGCGACCUCACUGACGACACGGACGUGGAACAGAACAUCAUGAUGGUCCGUCGUCAGAUGCCGGCUCGCGAGCGCGACCUUGUCGAGCUGGGCCCCAAGCAGUCGACCGAGACCAGCGUCGUCUUCAGCAACCUCGAGCUCACCUCCGGCCACAAGUACUCGGUCCAGGCCAGCGGCUUCUGGCAAACCGUCUGGACCAAGCCCAAGUCAGAGGUCGUCUCGCACCAUCUCGACCUCUCCGGCGGGAUGAACGGGGACUUCUCCUCCAACGUCGUCGAGUUCUCCAAGCCUGUUCUCCAGCCAGCGUACACGGGUUUGAUGCUCUUUCUUCAUAUCUUCUUGUCUAUAUAUUUAAAGCAGCUUGCAGCAAAAGAGGACGAAGCAGCUCAUGCAGACAAGGACAGAGCCGAGAGCAGAGUGGCUGAGGCCUGCAGUUCCUGGAGCUGA